ACCCAGACCCGCCCAUCAAAUGUCAUUCGUCACGGACGCGGACGCAAAUGCAAAUCACAUCCCUCACUCCAUCUGAUCGCCUGGGAUUCUCGCUGGCCGUCCCAUACACAUUUCCUGCCGCAGACACCUGCAUCCAGCGCUGCUCCGAGCUGGAUCUCCAGUGGCCACUGCCGCUGCGCCUUGCCAAAAACACACAGCCUCUAGAUCCAUCUUGCUUCAGCAGUCACAGCCUUCACCUGCUCGACCUAUCCCGCCAGCAUACAACCUCGUCGAUUGACAAUGGACGGCCACUCGAAACGCAAGGCCGAAGAUGAUGGGCGAGAGCUCUUGCCUCACCUGGAGGACUUCCAAGCGAUUGUCGAAACGCUCAAGGCCGAAAUGUCGUCGCUGAGCCAUUGCUAUGAGCAGCACCCGAUCGGACUGCCCGUUCCCCCGGCCGGUCUCCACAACAACACCGUCAACCUGCUCAAUAAGAUCAGCCUGAGCUUUGCCGAUCUCUUGCAGAUCUCCCGAGCAACAGUGGUGCACACCAAGUCCACCAAGGACCAAACCAGCAAAAUCAAGCAGAACCUCGACCGCUCCCAGAUCUCGCUCCAGAACCUGAAUUAUGAGCGGCUCCAUCUGAAGCGACAGAUCGAGCUCUGCCAGGAUGGGAGCAACAUCUAUCAGGACAUCGACUUGAUUUCGGAGAGCGAGUUCCAGUCGCUCUCAAAGGACAGCGACGCUGGCCUCGAUCCUCACGCGAGGAUGCUGGCGCGGCUACAGAUGGAGCUCGCUGAGCGGAUCAGACUGUCGGAGGAAGAGAAGCGACUGAUCGAGGUCCGCGAUGCCCUUGCCAAAGAGAGUGCCGCCAAGGCUACCGAACUGGACCAGAUCGACCGGGAUCUCGAAAGCGUGGUCAAGUCGACUCUGCCCCUCCAGGAGAAGCUGGGCGUGGAAGUGUCCACGGCCCGCAAGAACAACCAAACGGCACGCUGUCUGCCGAGCCCGCUCUUGUCGCUCUACAAGCAUUUGAUUGGAUACAGCGAGUCAUAUCCCAACACAGUCGAGAUCCUGGUUGUCGGGGACGAGGCCAGUGCAUUGGAAUUGAUCAACGGUCACUCGACGAGCGAAUCCCCCGCGCUGCCCACACCCUCGAAAUCUUCGAAUGACAUGGACACGGACGGGCCCGGGGCGGGUGACGACGUUGGUGGCGACGAGGUUGUGGGCGUCAAGCGUGUAGCUGCCGAACAGGAGCGAUUCUACGAGGCGCAUCCGAUGUCGGUUCAGGUGGCGGUACUAUCGGCGCAUGAGCCCAAAUCGAUCCUCACGACCUUGGAGUUUGUCUACCUGAUGCAUUUGGAUCUUGUCGUUGUUCGAUCCGGCUGCCCCGAAACGCACGGAUCUGCCUCGCACUUGCUUCCGAUCGACCAAUGUCUUCUCAGCGGACUCCUCGACCAGGACGAUGGUGAAUUCGUCAUCAAGACUUCACACCGGCUGAUCGAAGCUGGGGUCCGAUUUGACUCCGUGAAGGCGCGUGGACAUGCCUACGAAUGGUGCCAGAGCCUGUGCGGUUACUCACAUCACGCCAGGCGACCAAUAUACUUCCGAAGGAUCCUCGAGCUCAUCCUGGCUCGAUGGACCGAUCUCCGGCAGCUGGAGGAGCAGCUCGCCGAGUUUGUCGGGCACGACGGAUACGAAACGAGCGGCAAUCAAGGCUCUGCAGGCCCCAUUCAUCGGUUUGAACUUGGGGAUCUCGACAUGCGGAAGUGGCAGGAGGCCGAGCCCAACAGCCGCCGAUGCGCCAAGAGCUUCACGUUCCUGAUCGCACGCCGAUCCAAGGGAAGCAACGGCUCCCAAGGAGGGCGCACUGUGCAGUGCCGAAUCGAUAUCCCCCGGAGUUAUCCGGUCAGUUCGCCGGUAUUCCAGCUGAGCGACGAUGACCAAGAUGCAAGCCCAGAUAGAACCGAGCGGCUCAAGGAUAUCGAGGCUCAAGUCAACCAAGAGACAAAGGAGACUCAUGGCGAGUCGCUGACGAACGCGAGCACCUUGUGGGCACAGCUGAGCCGGCUGGAGCGCUGCCUGGAGGAGCACUAUUUUGGCACGGCAUGAUCAGCCUUCCGCAACCAUCACCGACACCUGCGAUCGCGCUGCAUGGCGACACGGGUUCUGGACGGAUAGGACGUUUCAGCGCAUCCAAAUCGAAACAGGACGCCCUGUUUUGAACCGAGUGCGACCCCCCCUCUCUGGGUCCUGAAUACAUCUCAACUGCGAUGCCA